AUUUCAGAUCCCAGGACGAAUCAUUGGUUCCUGAUCGGAUCCCCCGUGCCAGGAGCAAGUAUUCUGAUUGGAUACCUUUACUUCAUCCUGUCAUGGGGCCCAAAACACAUGGAACAUCGAAAACCCUAUCGACUUAAUAAUGUUCUGGUUGUCUACAAUUUUAUUCAAGUUUUACUUAGCAUCUGGUUAUUUUAUGAGGGACUCGAUGCAGCAUGGUUGAAAAAAUAUAGCUGGAAAUGUGAACCUGUAGAUUUCUCCAAUUCGCCAGAUGCACUUAGGGUUGCGAGAGGAGUUUAUAUCUAUUUCCUGGCCAAAAUAUCUGAACUUUUGGACACUGUAUUUUUCGUUCUGAGAAAAAAGGAAAGGCAGAUUACAUUUCUGCAUAUGUAUCAUCACACUGUCAUGCCAAUGAUUUCGUGGGGUGCUACUAAAUAUUAUCCCGGUGGCCAUGGGACAUUUAUUGGUGUCAUCAACAGCUUCGUUCACAUUAUCAUGUACACCUAUUACCUCCUCGCAGCUCUUCUACCUCAGUACCAGAAAUACCUCUGGUGGAAGAAAUACAUAACGACACUGCAAAUGGGUCAAUUCUGCCUGGCAUUUUUGCACAGCUGUCAAUUGCUCUUCCACGACUGUGAUUACCCGAAAUGGUCUCUAAUACUGAUACUGCCCAACGCGUCAUUCUUCUACUUCCUCUUCUCAGAUUUCUACAACAAAGCCUACACGACAGAAAAACAAAAGCAGAAACAACAGAAUUCGAUCGACUCGACAAAGGACAAGACCAGAGACGCAGAAAAAGAACAAAAAUUGAGCAACGGCAUUAGAAAUGGAAAAGCUAAAGAGGCCUAAAAUUCCUGGUCCGAUUCAGCAUCUAGUAGUGGCUUCUUGUCAAAAAACGAAGUUUUGCCAAUAUUGCAGCUAAAGAUUGAAAAUCGAAACGAUCACUGUACACGAUAAGAGCUUCUGUGCCACUUAAAACAAAUCCAUUGUGUAUCUUCUAAAUAAGAUUUUUUAUAAAUGAUGGUAAACAGUGAGGAUAAUCGGUAGAAUGCAGACAAUGCCGACGCAUUUUGAACUUCAGACCCAAAAGCACAUGGGCUCAUUAUCACCUAGGUCAGAAUUUUUGAGUUGAGUACUUUUUUAGGAUUAGAGUCAGACACAAUAGUUUCUCGUUGCUCUCAUCAAGACAUCGAUUCUGAUUUCAACCAAGAGAUAUUUUCCUCACUGUAAGAUGAAUUAUGACCGUCAUCUAGUUUUUCUAUUAGCAUUUAGAUUACUCUCUGCCUCUGGAAAAACAAUUCCAACUUCAAGUCAAGUCAAUUAAAGAAUCAAGUCAAUUUUAUCAAAUUUGACUUGGCCUCAGUUCAAAAGCCUUUUUUAUACAAAGUAUUCCAGUAUUCCAGUUCAGCUUCGAAGUUAAUUUAAAAUAUAAGGACUCGGAAAUUUCUGAGCCUGAUAGGCUUAUUUUCACAAUCAGUUUUUUUUUCAAUUGAACUGAAACGUCGAGCCUAGGAAUAUUUGCUCAUUGUACGUCUACGAAUAACAGAUUGCUUCCGAUGUAAUCGGGCUUAGUUAGCGUUGUGUUUAGAUAGGCGUGAUGAUAUGAUGUACUAAAGACUUAGGAAAAAUAGAUAGUUCCAGGAGGGUGGAUCGACGAGAGAUGAAAAACUCGUUGAGAUCCUGUCACAUUUUAAAAUCGUCGAGACUUAACUCGACGAGAUUAAUGUAUAUCACGCGAUAAUAAUUAUAUGAAUCUGUGACGACAAAUUGAGGAUUUGGGUGCAGUCAAAGUCUAGAUCAGUGUUGGAAAAGAUACUAAAAAAAGCAGUCAAGAUAUAGACAAGUUUUAUAAACUUAUAGUUAUUUACAUUCUUAUAUAAAAAGAGAAUUGGGUUGUUUAAAUCCAGUGCUUUUUAAAGUAUGUAUUAUUUUAAUCAUUCACAAUGUGAUUCUAAUUGCUGAGUGAACUUCGAAAUUCUCUCAUUUAUUGAAACAUAACUUGAAUAGGUUGAAUCUAGAAUUUUCUUCAAGUUUGUGUUCUUGAAAUUUUAAAGAAAUUUGUUAACUUAGAGCAUUAAAAAUGCUUCCCUUCUUACAAAAAAAAAAAUGUAUAAAGAUUAUUCUUCGAAAUUUUGUGGUUUAAAUUAUUUUAAUUCCAAAAUAAUUAAAAACACACGAAUUUGAAAAAUCAGUCUACAGAUUCUUAUAUUUAGU